AUGAGUUUCCCCGAAGCUAUUGUUGACUGGGUUAUGUGGCCCUUCAGAACCCUGGAAUUCAGAGUAAAUUUGGUCGGUGACUAUGACUGUGGCAAGACUACUCUACUUUAUCAGAUGAAGCUGGGGGAAUUAGUCACUACCAUUCCGACAAUCGGCUUCAAUGUUGAGACCGUCGAAUACCCGAACAAGUAUAACUGGACAAUCUGGGAUAUGUCCAUAUCUAGAAGGUCGCGCGAGCAAUUGACCCACAGCUACUUUCGGGAGACUGACAUUGUUCUAUUUAUCCACAACUGCGAUCCGCAGCAGCCCGAACCCAUCUAUGAUUUUCAAUACUUUGUCGACUUUGUGCAACAGCAUGAUUGUAGACAUCUAUGGAUUCUCCUCAACAAACAAGACACGCUUCCCCCAGAAAGCGCUGCAGAAAUUGUCGAUGGCCUGCGAAAGAAGUAUCAGAAGGAAAUGGCCAAGUGGGGGGAUCAACUCUCAUGGAGGAUUUUAGAUCACAGGCUUAGUGCCAAAACGGGAGAAGGGGUGCUGGAAAUCCUCCGCCAACUUCAUUCAUCUGCAAACCUUCUUUUGCGGACUCGACCAAAACCCCAGCCUCAACCGAGUGCUGAUUCCAAGAGGGAGCCUGAGAUAGUGUUUACUCUAGACGAGCCAGAGGACACAGUAUCCAGUCCGAGUCAGAGCGAGCCUAUUGACAAACGAGCAUCACACGAUCCUGUUAAUCCCCAGGCCUUUUGGGACUCAUUCGUUACUGGAGAUAUACCAGUGUGGGAUCAUCAUGCCCACCUGAAGGUCACCUACAUUGUAGUUUUGGAAUAUGUGAAACGAAGACAAAGUACGUUUGCUAUGGCUGAUGUCAUAAUCGCCCACCUAAGGCGAUUACAAAACAGUCUGCCAGAGAAGUUCAGAAAUAGGGUACAUCGUACGAUAACUAUUUUCUGGAUUUUACAGUUACAGAUCGCCAUCAGAAAUUACAGGAUCGCCAACAGACUUGGUGGAGACCCGUUAUGGAUCGACUUUUACAAGGUUUUGUUCCAUACACCAUCUGUGAUGGACCCCCGUCUCUGGACUUCGUAUUAUAGCACAAAAUAUCUUUUUCAUCCACGGGCAUGGGAUUCAUGGACCCCUCCUGAUCGUCAGCCAUUGCCAGUCGUGACAUCCCUUCUUGACAAGCCUGCUAGUUUCUCGACAAAACAAGGAGAUCCAGCUAGACUGAUACGAUUCGCGUUUGUGUUCACCAGUCAGUGUGAACAGAUCUCGGAAUCGUACGACGAAGAUGCCAUGAAACAGGCACUUGUCACACUCCAAUCAACGACUAUCCGUCUACGGGCUAUACACACGGUGACACCACCAUAUUCCGAAACGCAAGCCCGGUUCUGGCUGCACAUGGUCCGCGCAUGUCUACAGUCAUUGGAGAUCCCCCAGGGAGACAGUAGAGAAAUUAAACCGUCACAAUUGACCUUUGACGGUUUCGUGGCCCUUUUCGGUCUUACACCAACGUCAUGGAAGAGAUACUAUACCCAAAAAACAUGGGAUGGUCUCGCUGCUCGAGUUCAGUAUGUUGCCCCAGACAGACGCACGUUGCCAAAUGUUAUCAACAUAUCGGCCCAUAAUAGUGAGGUAAAGGCGAUAAUGAGAGGGAUAGAAAAGGAGGCACUACAUUCGGACUCAGAAUCAUUGGAGGAUGUAUUGUUGGCUACAUACACGGAAAGUGCAGAAUCGUCUGGGACAAAAGAGCAGAGAGUCGACAUUGAGGCUUUUCUUUCAUGUUGCGAUGAUGGUCUAAACCAUGAAAAGGGUAGCUUUGAUGAUUAG